AUGUCGGCCACUCCGGAGCACAACCACGACCCUUCCAACAAAGCCUUGACAGUGUUUAGCGGUUCCUCCCCGGAGGACGUGUCCCACGCCCGGCGGCUGUGGAGCUCACUGUGCAUGCCGAGCCCGCUCGAAUCUCGCCUGGUGUCGGCCGACAUCCCGCAGAGAUUGCCGGUUUCCCGGCCGGAGCGAAUCAUUCAACCGGAACCACCUCGCACCGACGUGCAUAACCUUUUCGCCGCACAGCAGAGGCAGGAGGAGCGGCAAAAGUACAUGGGCAUGGCCGCCCAGAGGAAGGAGACGCUGGCCCUGCUGCGGCGGCAGAGGGAGCAGAGAAUCCAAAAGGAGUUGCUCUCUGCGGCCUUCAAACCCAAAGCACCCAAAGAGAACAAAAUCCCUAAAAAGAAGUCGAGCGAGUUGAGUGUGGAGGAGGAGAUGGUCAGACAGCUGGACUGA